AUGGGAGAACUUCAGACAUUAGAAACUCCGGUUGUCGCUUCAAAGGCCGAACAACCAAUGAUCGUGAGUCAACAUUCAUUACUGCAAGCAGUAACCUACCUGCGUUCUGAACUUGACAAAAUUCAGAACGAAAAAAAAGAUUUAGCUAGGGAGCGCACUUCAUUGCUAGAACAACUCGAAAUAGAAAAGAAUAAGAACAAUAGCUCUAAAGAUAGCAUAGAGACAGCGAUAAGCAAUCAAGAGGAGACGGAAGAAAACAGUGAACAGGAUAAGACGAUCGUAGAGUUGCGAUCGCAACUUGAACGGCUUGAAAAAGAAAAACAGGAAUUGAUCGCACAGGAACAGCAAGAAAAGCAAAGCAUAAAAGAGCAACUCGAUCAAGCUCAGGAGGAAAAUGAAAACUUCAAGUCUCAGCUUGAUCAGGCUCAAGAAGAAAGGCAAAACCUAAAAACUCAACUUGAACAGGUUCAAGAAGAAAAGCAAAAUUUAAAGGCUCAACUCGAACAGACUCAGGAGGAAAAGCGACAGCUAGAAGUGCAACAUCAAAGUUUAAUUGCAAAGUUGGCAAAUUUUAAGACUUCAAUAGCCGACAAAUUAAAAACGGAUAUGGAAGAUCUUAAUCAGAAAAGGCAACAAAUAGAAGAACUCAAUACACUUGUUUCUGAACUACAAUUGGAUCUCGCAACGUCACGUAACGAACGUGAAAAUACCGCUCAACAAUUGCAAACCUUGGAAGCGCAACUUUAUGAUAUACAACUUCAAACUUCACACGAGAUAUCCGAAAAAGACAAAACAAUUCGAGAUUUACAAAUCAACUUGGACCGUUCCGAAAGGGAAAGGUUAGAUGGGGAGGUAACAAUCAUGGAGUUAAAAAGUGCAAAGGACGAAUUGCUUUCCCGCAUAAAACAUUUGGAGAGGGAGAUGGAGACAUUGAAACAUGAGAAGGAAACGUUAAAGGUAGAAAAGGAUAAUGAAUCCGAGAGUCUGAAUAAUUUACAGAAUGUCUUGGAAGAGUUUGAAGCAGCUAAACAAUCAGAAAUUCGGGAGGCUGUCGAAGGAAUACAACGACGUCUUUCAACAGCUACCAAGGAACUAACCGAAUUUAAAGAUCGGGCAUUGUUAGCGGAGAAUCAACUAACACAGAUCAAGGAAGAGGUUGGUCGUACAACUCAAUACGAGAAAGAGAUUAAAGAAAAAAAUAUAUUGAUUGGAAAGUUACGACAUGAAGCCGUAAUUUUGAACGAGCACCUUACCGAAGCCCUUCGCCGUAUGAGAGAAGAAAGCAGUGAGAAUAACGUGGACAGACGUCUGAUUACCAAUCUGCUGAUAGCGUUUUUCAAUACUCCGCGUGGAGAUAGUAAACGCUUCGAAAUAUUACAAUUGAUGGCUAGUAUGUUGCAGUGGAAUGAGGAGCAGAAAGAGCAAGUGGGAUUGAUAAGGAAGGCAUCCAAAACCAUAGAUAAUGGUUGGACUACCGGAUUAUGGACGCCAACGAUAGAGAGACCGCGGAGUAGAUUAUCCGAGGAUGUUUCUAGGCCGAUCAUUAGAAUAUCCGAAGAGGAUGAUCAAAAAGAGUCAUUUUCAGACAUGUGGAUAUCAUUUCUGCUUAAGGAAGCAAGUAAAGAUGAUGAAGAGCAAAAAGUUGAUAAUAGUUCUACUUCUACUCAGAGCGAAUAA